AUGUGGCAAAAACUUAUCCUGGGGGCGAUGGCGCUCGCCGCGGCGACGGCCGACGGCGCGGCCAAGCCCGCGUUCCUCCAGGCCUGCGAGGCUGAUGGAGACGCCGGCUGCGCGGCGAAACUCGCGGCCGCGGCCGCGGGCGACGACGUCGCGACCGUCGAGGCCAGCGCAUAAAUCAAAUGUCGCGGCGCGUCGCCGCCCACGGCUUCAUCAUGAGCUGCACGCCAUCGACGCAACGGACUCACUGGUCGAUUUGCGCACAGGUCGAGGCGGCGCUCGCCGCCGGCGCGGACCCCUUCCCCGCGCUGGAGAACGCGACGCUCGCGACGCGGUCCCUCCUCACGGCGGCGGGCUACAACAACGCCUGCGAGGGCGUGUCGCCGAGCGAGCGGUCGCGCCUCGGCGUCCACUGCGUCCCGCGCUGGUACCACGCCUACCUGCCCUGGGUCGAGUACACGGGCCGCAACGCGCUCAUCAUCGGGCUUGGCAUCUUCCCCGUCGUCUUCGUGGUCAUGUACGUCGCGGCCAAGUUGUCUGGGGCGCGGGCCGCGCCGGAGCCCGUCGCGGCGAUCAAGGCGCCGAAGCCCAAGAAGAACAAGGGGGGCUAGACGCCUCGUCCGUCGUCGCCGCUAGACGCAUCGUCCGUCAUCGCCGCGGCGUCGCGGCGGUGGCGCGGGGGGCUAGACGCAUUGUGUAGAGAUACGUGA